GACUUCUCUUCUUCGUCAGAUCUGAAUCUAAUUUCGCCCAAAUCAAAGCUUUUGACCUAAUCGUUUCCCGGGAAAAAUCAACAAACAAUCACCGGUAUCUCCAAUUUCUCUCCGUUGAAGAAAAAUGUCGCACAACGAUACGAUUCCGCUUUAUCAAUCAUCUCAAUCAGACAUCGACGAGAUUGAGAAUAUGAUGAACGAUAGUUUCCAAUCAGGUCCCGGAACCGUUCUUCCAGCUCGACCACCGAGUCCGAUACGUCCGUCAAUUCCCGUUUCAUCCUCACCGUUCGUUCAAUCCAAUCUUCCACCGCUUCCACCUUCGUCUUCUUCCUCUCAGAAGGUGAUGCCUGUUCCAGCUCCUCCGCCGCUUCCGUCGGUAGGUAACUCCAACAGCUCCGAUGGUAACAAGAGCAUUGGAGGGAGUGGAUUCGGAUCUCCGCCAAAUACAUUGACGGAGCCUGUAUGGGAUACUGUGAAGCGCGAUCUGUCACGGAUCGUGAGUAAUUUGAAGCUUGUGGUGUUUCCGAAUCCGUAUAGGGAAGAUCCUGGGAAAGCACUUAGGGAUUGGGAUCUAUGGGGACCGUUUUUCUUCAUUGUAUUCUUGGGGCUUACUCUUUCGUGGUCUGCUUCUGUUAAGAAGUCUGAAGUAUUUGCCGUGGCAUUUGCACUACUUGCAGCUGGAGCAGUGAUCCUCACACUAAAUGUGCUGCUUCUGGGAGGACAUAUAAUCUUUUUUCAAAGCCUAAGCCUUCUGGGUUACUGUCUAUUUCCGCUGGACGUUGGAGCAGUGAUCUGCAUGUUGAAGGACAAUGUGAUACUCAAAAUUAUCGUUGUGUCUGUGACUCUUGCCUGGAGCUCUUGGGCUGCUUAUCCUUUCAUGAGCGCCGCCGUGAACCCGAGAAGAAAAGCUCUCGCACUUUACCCGGUCUUCCUCAUGUAUGUCUCUGUUGGCUUCUUGAUCAUUGCCAUUGAUUAAUUCGAGCUGGAAAAUGGAAAUCAGAGAAAAGUUCUUUGAAUCAGUUUGGGAAAUCAUUUGGUACAGAGUAGAUAGAGAAUUUACAGCCGCGAACUAUUCUGAGUUC